CGUCGUUCACGGGGGUUGCUUGCCGAUAACUGAAUUCCCGGCUCGCUUCACGCGCACCGCACGUCCUUUCGUCUCGGACCCGCGGUCUUUGCGACGGGCCCUCCUGUACGAAACGAGAGCGGCAGCCACCCGCUCGCGAAUUAAACAUUCCCGCAUCUCGGGCCACCUUUUCUCGGCCGGAUCGUGUACGCUUUGCGUUUCCGUGCGUCGCGAGAGCCGUUCGAAGAGUUCUCGGAAUUUAGUACGAAUGGCACUCGAGCGACACGUUAAAUGGAAGGCUCCGAGUCGUCGCAGCGAAUAGCUUAUUGUUUAAAGGACCGUCUGCAUCGGAAGUGAGCAGUGAGAAAGAUGUCUGAAUCCGAUCUUUUAGCUGGCGACCACAUCGAUGGUCUGGACGGUCUUGAAAAUGGCCAGGAUGGAGACGCAAUUAUGCAGUGCGACGGCGUGAAGCGCGAACUGGGCGAAGCGAACGUUGACGAUCCUGAAUUAGAGGCGAUCAAAGCGCGAGUGAGGGAAAUGGAGGAGGAAGCUGAGAAAUUGAAACAGCUCCAGUCCGAGGUAGAUAAGCAGAUGAACAUGGGCAGUCCGCCUGGUAUCACGAGCCCAUUAAAUAUGUCGUUGGAAGAUAAGAUGGAAGUUGACAACCGGUCCAUUUACGUUGGCAAUGUCGACUAUGGUGCUACAGCGGAAGAGUUGGAACAACACUUUCACGGUUGCGGUAGUGUCAAUAGAGUGACAAUCUUGUGUAAUAAAUUCGAUGGCCAUCCUAAGGGCUUUGCUUAUAUCGAAUUUGCCGAACGCGAUUCCGUACAAACCGCAAUGGCCAUGGAUGAGUCUAUGUUCAGAGGACGUCAAAUUAAAGUAAUGCCUAAAAGAACAAAUAAACCUGGUUUCUCUAUGACAAAUAGGGGUCCCAGAGGUGCAAGAGGCUAUCGAGGCAUGGCUAAAGGAAUUAUUCGCGGUAGUGCAUACUUUGGAUACAGACCUACGAGACGACCUAGGAGUUACAGACGUGGUUAUUAUAUGCCAUAUUGACCAUUUUAAAAAGUGUGGCAACAUUAUUUUGCAAGUGUCAAG